UAAAUAUUUGCAUCUCACAACAAGGGAAAUUAAGAAGGAAGAAGGAUGGGGCAAGUCAUGAUAAAAUUAGCAAAUGGAAGCGAGGACGAGGAAAAGAAGGCUAAGAGAAUUGAACCCAUAAUAGAUGAAUGCUAUAACAAUAUCACUGUCGAUGCCAAGGACUAUGCUGGUUUUUACCGUGCAGUUUGUCAAGCCGUCGAAGAAAUCAAUAAACAGCUCGGCAACACACAGUUCAGUGUACCAAGCACCACAAAGCUUCAAGAAGCAUUUGAAAAACACCAUAAAGGGAAAGAAAGUGGCUCCUUGACGAAAGAAGAAUUUGGAAAAAUCCUCCAAGAUGUGAUCUACGGUGCAGGAUUGACAGGAACAGGAGCAAAGGCUAUGCUACUUUCAAUAUUUGGUGUCCCAAUAAUGUCAAUGUUUAUUAAACAACGUAUCAUUCCAAAAGCAAUUCCCAAUGAACUUUUUCUUCCUUGUAUCACUUCUGCCACUGUCUUCAUCCUUGCAAAACUAAACAAGAUAUGAAAACCAAUUUAUGCUUCUUAUGUCAUAUUGAUCAGAAAAAUGGCAAUAUUUCCAGGUUUCUUUUUCAA